GGCAACAAGACGGGCAAAGCGAGAAGUUGUUUCUCUAUAUAUAGCCCUUUAAAUUUAAAGAGUCGCACAGUGAAUUAAUUAAAGAUCUGCAUUUCAUUUCCAAAGUUUGGAAAGCUCUUUAAUUUGUCCUUUAUCUCAGUGCAUGCGCAUAAAGCUUGCAGGACGAGUACUUCUGUUGUAUCAGGUUCAAUAAGAAAUCUCAUCCUCUCAUUCUGAGGUUUAUUUCAUUAAUUUCUUUUAUUCUUUUAUGCACAUCGAUCGAUCCCCGUUUUAGCUAGCUCUCUCUCUCUCUCCCUCUCUCUCUCUCUCUAUAUAUAUAUAUAUAUUGAGGAUCUUGUGCUUGUCAGCAGGAAGUUUCAGAAUAGCAACUUGGUAUAUGUAUAUAUAUAUAUAUAGAUGGCAGGACAAUCAGCAACUUUUGAAAAAAAUCAGGAACAUGGGAUUAAAAAAUUGUCCGAGGAAAUCAAAGGUGUUAUAAAAAACUUAGAUACACUCCCAGCAUCAUCAACUAAACAUCGUUGUAUCUACAAGGUUCCAGAUCACAUGCGCAAAUCGAACGAAGAAGCUUAUACUCCUCGGGUAAUAUCAAUUGGGCCUUUUCAUUGUGAUAACCGAAAAUUGCAAACCAUGGAAAGGUUUAAAUUGAGAUAUCUCAAGAUUUUCACAGACCGAGCCGAAACAAAGUUGGAAGACAUAGUGAGCACUAUAAAAGGUGCGGAAGAAAGUGUUCGGGAAUGUUAUUCGGAGACUAUACCACUUGGCAGUGAUGAUUUUGUGAAAAUGAUCCUGCUUGAUGCCAGCUUCAUUAUCGUGUAUUUCUUGAAAAGCAAGUCGAAAAUCUGGACCGAGUAUGACCGGGAAAUAUUAAAGCCGUGGUUGUGCAAUAGGAUGCAGAUGGACUUGAUAUUACUUGAAAAUCAGCUUCCUUUCUUUAUUAUUGAGAAAAUAUAUGACACUGCAUUUCUAUCUCUCUCAAAAAUUCACCCCUUCAUUGAGCUUAGCUUUAGGCAGUUUGAAUAUUACAACGUUCAAAAUUUUCUUCAUUCUGAGUCGGAAAUAUUUAUAUUGCACUUCACUGACUUGGUUAGAAACUUUUGCAUGCCUCCUCCCGAAAGGCGACCGCAAAGAAGUUAUCGAAAUAUGAAGGAAAUGUACAGUUUAGCCCAGCUUGAUGAGGUAGGAUUGAAGUUUAAGAAGAGACAAUCAAGCAAUAUUAAUUGGUCACCUCUUGAACUUGAACUAAAAUAUGCAGACGGAGUGCUGGAAAUCCCACCCUUUCAGUUAGACAGUAGCACGGAGAUUUAUGCUCGGAACCUCGUCGCCUUUGAGGAAUGUCACUAUCCUGAAGAUCCAUAUAUUACUGAUUACUAUAUCCUGUUAAGUAUGCUUAUCAAAACAGUCAAAGAUAUAGAUGUACUUGUACGAGAGCAGAUCAUCCAUAAUUGGCUGGAUGGCGUCGUGGCUACUUCAAUGAUCAACAAGCUGUCCGGCGAAAAACUUUUCUAUUUCCAAAUGAACUCUGAUUAUCACGGGAUGGCUGAAAAGUUGAACAAAUUCUAUAAAGCCAGCGAGACUACUCUUCAUAGAAUGAUGGCUACCUUGAAACGUGAAUAUUUUUACAACCCUUGGAGGGGUGUUGCCGCCAUAGGGUUGCUGCUCACUGUCACACAAACUGUAUGUGCUCUCAUCUCGGUGAAUAAUUGGAAAUGACGCUUUUGUAAUUCUAAGGGUAUUGGAUUGCUUUCUGAUAAUUUACGUUAUACACGUAAUUAGUUCAUUAUGUUGUCGAACUGAA